AUGACCUACAUGUGGACCAUCCGAGCUCGAUCUACGGUUCGCUUCCUGGUGCCAGAUGAGAAGCGAUGCUUCUACGUGGCGACUCAUCUGGCCUGCUUAUGGAGCGGGCUUUACUUCGCAGGUCGUGCCGUUGACCUGGCGAUGGGGAUGAAGCAGUGGGAGGAAGGAAGACAAGUCGACAUAGCCAUUGCAGCUGCUGCGGGGAUGGCAGCAUCAACGCUGAUUCCACUUCUAGGUGUUCUGGUAGUCGGUCGCGAGCGUUUAUUCAAAGCGCUGGGCGACAAGUUCGAGCACAGCCGCAGUCGUCAGCUGCAAAGUGGGGCCUUCAUGGCCAUGCUUUUGGACUCCUACUUUGUGCAGAGAGGCCAGCAGUGGUGGCUCCACAAGAGUUUUUUCGGCAACCCGGAGCCGGAAGGAACUGGACCGGAGAGGAACAAGCCGCGCCAGUUUUACUCCAGAUCCUUUGACUCUGCAGUGUCAAUGUCUGCCGAGUCGCUAGCAACGCCGCCCUCGAUGCUACCAGAGAUUGACACAUCGGCCAGAUACGACUUCACGAAGGGCAUUGUCACCCAGGUGGCAGUUGACGGAAGCGUCUUCUGGGUGAAGCCGGAAAACUGCCACGAUGCUGUGAGAGUGGAUCAGAAGCAGCAGGUGAUCCCCUGGCCAGAGCUGCUUGAGCUGGGCAGGAAGAAUUUGCGCUGCAUUGAAUGGAAGGCGCAAUAUGCCGAGCUUUGGAGUGAGAAUGCUGGGCCCGGUUUCCAGCUUUCGCGGCCAGCAGCCCGUGGCGAGACUAUUGACUUCUUUGUAUCGCACUCGUGGGGCGACGAUGGCAACCGAAAAUUCCGAGCUCUACAUUACUUGGCAGAGGAGUUCUUGGUCAAGCAUGGGCGAUACCCGACAUUUUGGGUGGAUAAGUUCUGCAUUGAUCAGAGUAGUGUUGCGGACGGGCUUCGUGUGCUACCAGUCAAUGUCAUGGCCUGCAGCAAAGUCGUGGUCCUCUGCGGACGCACGUAUCCCACACGUUUAUGGUGUGCCUGGGAGCUCUGUGUUCUACUGUCCUUCAUGUCUCUGCAAACUGCGCUCACUCGGCUGGUGGUGCUUCCGUUCAGCUUGACGGCCCUGCAAAAGCUUGCCCGCUUCGACUUGUCAAUCUCGCGGUGCUACGAUCCCAACGAGGAGUUGAGACUUCGCCGAGUGAUUGCAGCCAUUGGCAGGCUUAGCUUCGAGAACAAGAUCCAGGCGCUGGGCCAGCUGAUCUUGGAUCGAGAGACGAAUGUGGAGCAGGGACUCUUCAAUCAGCAGCGAAGUGCGAGCUGGAGUGAGCCUGAUAUGCCUGAGCCGGAUGAUUUUCGGGAUGACCGUAGCCACGUACAGUCAGAGCUCGAGGUGGUUGUUGAAGCCUCAGAAGGCGAUGGCUCCGGGAGUGUCCGCGAUUCGCCAGCGGAGACUGCUUUCCGGAUGCAAUACUUGAACACCACCGACUACCAAAAGCAGUUUGAGGCCCCACUGGAGGAGGUCGUUUUCUGA